UGUUGAAGAGAAAAGUUUUAGAAGCAUGAAAAGCAACUUAUAUGAAGGCAUAUAGCUGGAAGAAGGGAGAUCAAGGAUAGAGACAUAAAUGUCAAUCUUUCAAAUCCCUACUAGAUGUUUAUGGAAAAUUGCUCAGAAGUGAAGGAGUUCAUCCUUGUGGGAUUAACAGAUGCCCCUGAGCUUCAGGUCCCCCUCUUCAUAAUAUUCAUUAUCAUCUACCUCAUCACCCUGGUGGGGAACCUGGGAUUAAUAAUUCUGAUAUUGUGGGACUCUCAUCUUCACACACCCAUGUACUUUUUCCUUAGUAAUCUCUCUCUGGCAGAUUUGGGUUACUCUUCAGCCAUUACUCCUAAAGUGAUGGCUGGAUUUCUCCAAGGGGAAAAAAUCAUUUCCUAUAAUGGAUGUGCUGCACAAAUAUUUUUCUUUGCCUACUUUGCAACAGUUGAAAGCUAUCUCUUGGCUGCUAUGGCCUACGAUCGCCAGGUUGCAGUGUGUAAGCCCCUCCAUUACACUACCACUAUGACAUCUAGUGUAUGUGCUUGUUUAGUUAUUAGUUGCCAUAUCUGUGGUUUUGUUUUUGCCUCCAUCCACACAGGAAACACCUUCAGCCUCUACUUUUGCAAUUCCAACUUGAUUCAUCACUUUUUCUGUGAUGUUCCACCCCUCUUGGUUCUCUCCUACUCUGUCUCCUACAUUAAUGAGGUAGUUGUUUUCUUUGCAGUGGGUUUCAAUGUAUUAUUUAGCCUUUUUUUCAUUCUAAAAUCCUACUUUUUCAUUUUCAUUGCCAUUUUGCGGAUGCGUUCAGCUGAGGGCCGCCAGAAAGCAUUCUCUACCUGUGCUUCCCAUCUCACAGCUGUGUCCAUAUUCUAUGGAACAAUAAUCUUCAUGUACUUACAACCCAGCUCCAAACAUUCCAUGGACACAGACAAAAUGGCUUCAGUCUUCUAUACCAUGGUCAUUCCCAUGUUGAAUCCUGUGGUCUAUAGUCUGAGAAAUAAGGAAGUCAGUGGCGCUUUUAGGAAAAUCAUAGAGAAGACAAAAUUUUCAUUAAAUAUCUCCUUUUAACUUAUUAAAAAAAUAUUCAAGAUUUUCCUCACUAGUUUCCAGCAUCUGACUCUAUGGUCUACACUUAUUUUUUCAUCUGGGCAAUAUGGAAAUAUUUUACACUAAAAUUGUUGAAGAUACUUUCAGUGUUUUAAUAUCUGUUCAUCUUUUCACACGAGCUUUAACAAAAUUUCUUUACCACAGAAAGCUAUUAUGUAUUAAAUA